CCAUUUCUCAGAGAGCCUUCUUCUCUGCUUCUCUGGAAUUUACCAGUGAAAGAAACCUCAAGAGAAACAGAAAGCUCUACCUUCUGGUUUGAGAGAGAGAGACAGAGAUGCUCUGCUCCGGCAGACUUUUGGCCGUUUCUUUCCCCGUAAAUCGGUGCCGUCCGUACAAACUGCAUAGCGCCGGCUGCUCCAAAUUCAGCUACCCAGAAGCCCCAUAUCAACAAGCAGCUCCAGAUGGCGAUCCCUUGCCAUGGCUUCGGAACCCGACUCCUCCUCUUUCGCUCCGUCUGUCGAUUCUGAUCCCAAUCCCGCCGCUGAUACAAACCCCGCCGGAGGGGCCUGAAACAGUGCAGGAUUUUGCCACAAUGGAGCUGCAGGAAAUUCAAGAUAAUAUUCGGAGUCGUCGCAACAAAAUUUUCUUGCAUAUGGAGGAGGUUCGCAGGCUGAGGAUACAACAGCGGAUUAAACGUGCAGAGCUUGGAGCGGUAAAUGAAGAUCAAGAAAACGAACUUCCUAGUUUUCCAUCGUUCAUUCCAUUUUUGCCUCCCCUGAGUUCAGACAACCUUAAGCAGUAUUAUGCUGUUUGUUAUUCAAUUAUUGCGGGGUUUAUCCUUUUCGGUGGCCUCAUAGCACCCUCCUUGGAGUUGAAGCUGGGAAUAGGAGGCACAUCAUAUAAAGACUUUAUAGUAAAUAUGCAUCUGCCGUUGCAGUUGAGUCAAGUUGAUCCCAUAGUGGCGUCAUUCUCUGGAGGAGCAGUCGGAGUGAUCUCAGCAUUGAUGGUAGUUGAAAUAAACAAUGUGAAACAGCAGGAGCAUAAACGAUGCAAAUAUUGUCUUGGAACUGGAUCUCUUGCUUGUGCUCGUUGCUCCAGCACUGGAACCCUUGUUCUUACUGAACCAGUAUCGACAGCUGAUGAUGGCGGAAACCAACCCCUAUCUCUGCCAAAAACUGAACGAUGUUCAAAUUGCUCAGGAGCGGGAAAGGUUAGACAUAUAAUUGUGUCCGUUGAAUGUUUAUUGCAUACUAAAUUCCUUUUAGUGCCUGCCGCUUAGAUGCUCUAUAUUCACAUGUUUGGUGAUACUUCUAUUUGUCGGGCAUGUGAAAGACGUAAUUACCAAUCCCUUAGUAGCUGGGAAGUAAUUACCAUCAACAUGGAUGAUGACGUUUACACUGGUGCCAAUCCCUUCGACAAGAAGUUCGACACCAACGAAGAAAUGUCUUCUCAUCCAAUGCUCAGCGAUAUAUUCUCGGAAUUUCACAAUACAGUUAAAUGGCUACAUUAUUCUUCAGAAAAUUUACAUAUUUUGUGUGUCUCAUUACCAAUCCUACAUUCGAUACCAUUGAAUUUACUGGUAAAAAUACAUUUCUGUAACGAUCCUCCGAUGGUAGAUCUUCGUCUUUCUUCUUCAA